GCAAAGACAAAAGCAGCAAAGAUUGUUUCCUAUCCGGGAAUAAAUUGUAUUGUGCAAAAGCUCUAGAGUGUCCAGACAUAGCGUGGGUGUUACAAUAGCUUUUAACGCGAUUAUCAUCUCAUUUAAGCGAAGAAAACGAGUAGUCGAGGUGAAUCGUUAAACAGUUAUCUAUUGUGUGGAAUGAACGUCUUUGUUCGAGUGAUAAACAUAGACAGUCAACUGUCCUACAGCGCUGUUUACCUCAUGGGGAAAUGGAUAAAGUAAUAUUAUUGAGUUCGAUGUUACAAUGGAUCAAAGGGCUCGCCGUAUUUGUUGCUUUAUGAAAACCACAUUGUCUUAACGACAAUGAACCUGUGGCACGCAAUUUCAUAAAUUUCGUGUAGCUCUGUUCUAAUAUAUGAGUUGAAAUGCUUCGCCAGUUCGCUACAAAUUAUUUACGAAGCACCUUGAAAUUUUAUGCAUGUAGUACAAUAGUUUCGCGUCAACCAGUUAAGUGGCUCGGUUUUAAUGGCGGCAGCCGUCGUAAGUCAUCCGCUACAUCAUACUGGAAAGCAUCAGCGCUUAUUGCUGUAGCACAGUUUGCAGCGUGCGAGGACAAUGUCAAAAAUAAAUUACAUCUCCCUGAACCAGCUGACUUGAGCAAUUUGAACCUGAUACGGAGAGCAACAGUUGUAACAGUGGAUGCAGCUACUCAGUUGCUGACGCAGACACUUGCAGCAGCAAUGGAGAGCAGUGAAAUGUACAGGAAUGCUAUGGAACACAUGAUGGACCAUAUGGAUGAAACUUUAAGGCACGCAGUUGGCAGUCCAUGCCAGGAUCAGCUGUGGGAUGACAUGGUUUCUAUUCGAGAUGAACUUAAUUCAGCACGGGAUGCAUUACUGGAGAUUGAGAGUUUCAUGGUGUACGCGAUGAGACUAGCCACUGAUGCAGCUGAGGCGUCAUACAUGGCUGGAGCUGAAACUAUAAGCACAGCAAUGUGUGAAAGAUUGAAUUAUGCAGAACAGAUGUGGAAUGCUGAAAGGCAAAAGAUAAAAAAACUUGAAGAUACCUAUCUGAAAGAACACGAGAGAUUUAUGGUAAACUACACUAAGGCAGCAGCAACAGAUCAAAGAAGAUCCGAAGAAGGGGUUGAUGUUUAAGAGUAGAUCUGGGUUUCUUAGUUCCCUGCAUUUAGUUGGUAGUACUGGCUGUAAAUCCUACUGUGUUGUAUUAUCUAGGAAUAAAUUACACAUAUUGUAAACUGGUUGGUUUUUGUCCCGGUACUAAAAAUACUCAACAAGAGUGGGAUAUAUUCUGACAGGUGCAAUGUGUGCUUUUGCAUUACAUCCAUUCUAAAGCAUACUUUAUCAUUCAGUAAGAAGUGUGAGCUGGUAUUGUCAUGUUACCAGCAAAAUACAAAAAUAUAUGAAAGAAAAUUAUAUAAUAAAAUAUAAAUCUUAUGUUAA